AUGUUUGCCCUCGCGCUUUCCUCUCUGGCACUCACCGCCGUAUCUUAUGCUUUGCCUAUGUUGACCACUCGCCAGAGUGAUCCAUGUGCUGGUUUAGGCAUAGCUUCGUUCCCCACUGAAUACAACUUCACUCUUGCAGCGUGGAACUGGACCCUUCCUAAUGCCAACGACACUGGGGCCCCCCUAGUGAUUGGCCAGGCUGGAGCGGUAGAUGGUGAAUCCUUUGGGGUUCUUUCGACGUGGGCCACGUAUUCGUAUGCUGACUGGACUACGUUUUCGCUCAUCGAUGGAGCUUUGAUCCCCUACUCCGCGGAUGGUGCUGCUUCCAACGGCGUUGAUGCGAAUAUCUUCUCUGGCGAAGAGCUCCUCUGGGUCUUCACUGUUAACCCACCGCCUCCCGCUGAGAUCUACUGCGGUGUGGCCGAUCCCGAUCCGGCGGGAGGUUACCAGUACGCAGCGCUUGCUGUCAAUGGCUCCACGGAUGGCUUCUCGCUGUGCCUCCUGGGCGAGCCACCCUACGUUCAGAACAACAUUGUCUACCGGGCAUCGCCCAACAACACUGAUGGCUACGAUUACGAAAGCUGUUAUGGAGUACGCGUCCAGAUUUUGCCUUUGAGCUGA